UUGACCUCUCAGAAAAAAUUGCCUCGCCACUGGACACAACAAUGAGUUUCUCGGUGGUUUUGUUCCACAAUCCUCACUUCGCAACAACAACAACAACGACAGCCAUCUUCACAAUCUCAUCAUCAUCUUUCAGACCAAGACGAAAUCUUUCUUCAUCUAAUCGUAUCUUUACUACCAAUCAACCUAAACCCUUAGUCAAAAAACUUCAAAUCAUCGAAACCCUAGCCGCCAGAGACACAAUUAUAGACUUCGGCAAGCACAAGGGCAAAAUGCUUGGUACUUUGCCUACUUCUUAUCUCAAAUGGGUCUCAAAGAACCUUCGUGCUGGAGAUACUGAGUACUGGGCAAAGCUUGCAGACGAAGUCCUCGAAGACGAUGUUUAUAAAGAUAGAGCAGAGUGGGAAUUUGCAGAGAAAAUCCUCCAUGGAAGUGAUGAGAGCAUGAGGGCUUUGACUUCUGUAAAGAAGAACAGAGAGGAAGCAAACUCUGUUUCUAUGCUGUUGGAGAUUAGUGAGAAAUUUGGUUGGGAUAAUGAAGAUAAGAUUGGUUGGAGCAAGAUCAAUUUCGAGCUUUUGGGGACAAGCAAAGGUGGUCGGAUUCCUAGGUUGAGGAACAAGAACGAAAAGGAAGAAGAGAAAGGAGAGAUGGUAAGAAGAAGAGAGAUUGAGAAGAAGGAAGAAGACGAAGAUGAGAAUGGAUGGAGGAGAAGACAGAGGAGAGAGAAGAUGAGACAGAGUCUUGGGAGAGAUGACGGCAAAAUUGUGAAUAGGAGUGAGCAGAAGGGUCUUUUGGGAAAACUGGAAGAUAUAGAGAAGAAGCUUGAGCCAAAGAUUCCAAGUCCUUUUCCUGGUCGCGAGAGUCUGCUGAAGAAAGUGAUGAGCAAGAGAAGGUCUCAAUGAAUAUUGAAAGUUUUGAUCUUUGUAUUGUUGUUUCUUUUGAUUGUAAGUUUACAUUUUCACAAAAAGAACGCAAAAAGGCAAAUCCUUUCUGAGUUUGUGAUACUGAAAAGUUACAAACUUUUA